AUGGAGAUGAUUGAGCCAACCAGCACACCCAAUCGGAGCCAAGAGGCACUGUGGGAUAACCUUCUUUAUAUGAGAUUAUUCCCAGAGAAGCUCGAAGGGAAUCAUCAAAGUUUGAUUUCACGGAGAGACGAACUCGAGUUGAUACAGACUUACCGAACAGCCCUCCAGAAACGCGAGGAACAAGAGGAGAAGAUGAAUCGGUCUUCUACACAGCUCAAAAAACAAAUGAGAAUGGAGACAGAGUGGUAUAAAGAAAAUGUAGUUGCACAAUGGGGUCAUCCGAUGGGAAUCGUGCCCCAGAGGAAGAUCAUGACACGUUCCGUUACAAGGUCCCAACCACGAGUCCAGAGCAAAGCAGAACAAGAUGAAGCCUUGAAGAUAUGGAAGCGAUCUAUGGACAGACUCCGACAUGACGAUACCGCGAACCGACAGAGCAUGGAGGAAGAACAAGCCAGAUGGGCCGUAGAGAUUGCGACAAACUUGAGAGAUGCGAAAGCACUUUCUGAGGCAGCCGAGGCAUCAGGGGUCGAUGUGGUGGCGGAAACAGCAUCCCUCAAGCUGUUGAUCGACAAGCACGAUGCAAGGUCCCGCGGAGAAUUGGAUAAGGGCAUCGUUGCGAUCAGGGAGAUAUGUAACAGAUUACGUUGA